AUCUUGGCACUCAUUUGCAGCAACAGAGCAGGAAACCCUAUUUGGUAACAGUCAUUCUAAAUUAUUAUUAAAAAUCCAUUCAUCCAUCCAUUUUCUAUACCGCUUAUCCUCACUAGGGUUGCGGGCAUGCUGGAGCCUAUCCCAGCUGUCUUCGGGGUACACCCUGGACUGGGUUAUAGUAAUUAUACUUUGUAGAAGGCACAAAAUUACUGGCUCCUUUACGAUUACAUUGUAGGUGGCGGCAAUGCAUAUUACCAAUUGGACUGCCGCGUUGCUAGCUUUUUUUGUCACCACAUCUGGUGUUUCAUUAGAAAAGGUGCAUGGUUAUUCAGAUUUGCACCAAAAUGUUAUGGAUUGGGUUUUUUGGCCUCCUUAAAAGUUACACAGAAAUGUUAUUUUCUGUGUAACCCUGCCAACUAACUCGCUAGCUAACUCACAAGCUGAUACCCCUCGGCCAAUGGCAAAGCCUAGUAUUAUGAAAACAAUUUCCGGUACUUCAGAAAUUGCUGAAACACAUUGAGUUGAUACCACAUGGGUGACUUUAAACCAUUGCCUCAGCUCUGAAUGCUGUAAUAUUAUACUCCAGUCUUCACUUUGCUGCCACGAUCUAUUUUCUAUGUGAAGUCAGUCUUCACUUGAAUGUCUCCUUACUGGAGACAGGAGAGUCUCACUGUCUUCCAUUGUGCCCUCAGUCUCCUAUUGAAGUUUAUGUGAAGAGCAUCACUCUUUCAUUUUAUUCAAGACUGAGGGAGCAAUGCGUCUACAAACCAGAGAAACCAUAGAAGUAAAUGGUAGUGAACACAUAGGGCUGUCAUUCUUCUCCAAUGUGCCGUCAUUCCUUGCUGUAUGUAUAUGUACAAAUUUCCCAGUGCCCUCUAAAAGGUUAACACACACUCAUCUAAAAGAAUCUUUUUGUAAAUGUUGCUAGGUAGCAAUCAGAGAAUAUGGGUUAUGCUGCAAGUGGGCGUUUCAUUAUUAUAUUAUUACCAAAGCAAAUGAAUCAUUAAGCCCACAAAGCCUUUGUUGUUGUUCAAAGCCCUUUAACCAUCCUGACGUUUUUCAUUUCACAUCUUUCCUGGAAAAUAUCUGAAGCCGGUACCAUCAGGGCCUCAUGCUACAUGUGUCAAUUAGUGACUGGAUAUCUUAAGUUGAGGCUGCAAAGCAAGCGGAGUUCAGUCUCCUGUUUUCGGAGUGUCCAAGGGGAUGUGCUGUUCCAGAUGGCUGAGGUCCACAGACAGAUCCAAGUGCAGCUGGAGGAGAUGCUGAAAUCUUUCCACAAUGAGCUGCUGUCAGAGCUGGAAAAGAAGGUGGACCUGGAUGCCCGCUACCUGACUGCCGCCCUGAAGAAGUACCAGAUGGAGCACAAAAGCAAAGGGGAGAGUCUGGAGAAGUGCCAGGGGGAACUGAAGAAACUGCGCAGGAAGAGCCAGGGCAGCAAGAACCCCUCCAAGUAUGGCGAGAAAGAGAUGCAGUUCGUGGAGACCAUCAGCAGCAAGCAGACCGAGCUCGACACCUUCAUCGCCGAGGGGUACAAGACGGCUUUGUCCGAGGAACGUCGAAGAUACUGCUUCCUGGUGGACCGCCAGUGUGCUGUGGCCAAGAACAGCAGCGCCUACCAUGGCAAGGGUAAAGACCUCCUGACCCAGAAGAUCCCAAUGUGGCAGCAGGCCUGUUCGGAUCCCAACAAGCUCCCAGAGAGGGCCGUGCUCUUGGCCCAGCAGAUGGGCUCAGCCAUGGGCGGAACCAGCCCCAUGCAUGCUUCAAAAACCAACCUGGUCAUCUCUGACCCCAUCCCCGGAGCUCAGCCCCUUCCUGUGCCCCCGGAGCUGGCAGUAUUCAUGGGCAGUGGCCUCGGGCACCAGGCGAGGCUGAUGGGCCCCGAUGGAAUGUCCAUGGUCAACGGGACAACGGGAGUCCACGGCGAGGAAUACUGGACGGAUGGAGGGACUUUAUCUCAAGUCAGGCCUUCGUCUCCACAGACUCAAGCGCAGGUGCAGUCCCAGGCGCAGCCUCAGAGACAGGUCAGCGACGUCUACUCCAACACCCUGCCUGUGCGUAGGCCUGCACCCGCCAAGAAUAAGAACCCAGUGGGAGAGACGCGGACCCUGCCCAGGUCUAGCUCCAUGGCAGCAGGCCUGGAGAAGAACGGACGAUCCCGUGUGCAGGCUAUCUUCUCGCACGCCGCUGGCGACAAUAGCACCCUGCUCAGCUUCUCCGAGGGCGACGUCAUCACCCUGCUGGUACCUGAAGCCCGUGACGGCUGGCACUACGGGGAGAACGAGAAGAAUAAAAUGCGUGGCUGGUUCCCUUUCUCCUACACACGAGUGCUGCCUGACAGUGACGGCGAAAAGCUGAAAGUGAAUCUGCAUCAUGGGAAAAGUAGCAGCACGGGCAACUUGUUGGAGAGUGAUGCAUCCCUGCCCACACCUGACUACGGCCUCACCGCCCGACUGUUGGCACAGAGUCUAGCACAGACGCGCCCACGCCCCUACAGCAUGGCGGGCUUUGGCACUCAGCCUGCUAUUGAGGAUUAUGAUGGUCGCUUUGCCACAAGCGGUUGGUGGGUGGAGGAUUGCGUUGAGCGCAUUGAGAGCCGAGGCGGGGCCUACCUGCUCGGCGUACAGCGAUACGGACUCUGAGCAACGGCAGUCGCAUGUCGGAGAGACUGCCGUUGCUCGCCUGCUUUGUCUUUUCAUGCAUGUACAUGGUUGUGUCAUUUUGUGGCGCUAACAGGAAGGAGGUUCAUGUACUGUACAAGUGCCGAGAGACGCCGCCUUGGUUUUGUUUUCCUUUUGUUUUUGACAUUUAAAAAGCAGACACAUGCUUGAGGCUCAUCUCCGAGUAAGGCAGUGCAGGAGAGAUCCCAUUGGCCGCGCUGUGCUUCCUUGUGUCCGUACUCAAACCUGACUUUUGUAUUUACAGUGAAUGUUGAAGGUGAACAUACCCUCGUGCAGUUGUUCAAUUACCUGCUUUUUCUUAUGGAAAAAAAUAUAAUCAGUUUAAAACCAAAACAUGAUCAAAACACUCUCAAAUGCAGAACAAUACUGUGGUUUCACAGUAUUACAAAACUCACCAGCGACGUAAAAAAAGUUGCUAGGUUUGUCACGAGUCGUUUUUGAAAAUAUGUGGACCAGGCAUCUCUUUAUUUGACAGCAGCCAAUCAUGAGCUAUGAAAAAACAGACGACAAGCUUGUCAAGCCAUUGGGAAUUGCAAGAGACCAUUACUCAAUAUAACAGCCUCACUCACGGUGUCAUCUUACAAAAACAAUAACUCAUCACACAGCGACUUGACACUCAAAAAUAAAUAUACAAAGUACCAAUAAAAGUUUAAAAUGAAUAAAACUAUUUUAACGAUGGAUGGCGCUGCAUUGUUGCCUCUGAGGGAGGCUGAUAUCAUUGCAGCACCCUGCUUUGCUUGGACACAACACAGUAUGGGAAAAGUUAAAAUGUAUAUUUUAAACUCUGGCUGCAUGGCAAGUAGUUAAUCUGCAGGUCUCACAGCUAGGAAAGCCGAGUUCAAUUCCAGCCUCGGCCAUCUCUGUGUGGAGUUUGCAUGUUUUCCCCAUGUAUGCGUGGGUUUUCUCCGGGUACUCCGGUUUCCUCCCACAUUCCAAAAACAUGCAAGGUUAAUUGGUGACUCCAAAUUGUCCGUAGGUAUGAAUGUGAGUGUGAAUGGUUGUUUGUCUAUAUGUGCCCUGUGAUUGGCUGGCGACCAGUCCAGGGUGUACCCCGCCUCUCGCCCGAAGACAGCUGGGAUAGGCUCCAGAACGCCUGUGACUCUCGUGAGGAUAAGCGGUAGAAAAUGAAUGAAUGAAUGAAUGAAUAUUUUAAACUCAUAUUGGUAACACUUAAGUGUUAAGUUGCUGUGUGAUGUUUUUAGCGUUAAUAAUAAUAAUAAUACAUUUUAUUUCAAAGCGCCUUUCAGGACACCCAAGGUUGCUGUACAGAAGAUAUAAAAACACGAAUAUAAAAUACAAGAUAAAAGAGAACAAACAAUGAAUAAAAACAUACAAUAAAUAAGGGGGGGGCAUGUGACGCAAUUAGAGAGAGUAAGCUAGUUUGAACAGAUGAGUUUUGAGUUUGGAUUUGAAGAUGGGAAGGGUGGCAGAGUUACGGAGGUCAGGUGGCAAUGAGUUCCAGAGUUCGUGGGCAGAGCGGCUGAAAGCUCUGCUCCCCGUAGUGCUAAGGCGUGCAGAGGGUACAGUGAGAUGGAGGGAGGAGGAAGAUCUGAGGGAGCGGGAAGGAUUGACAAUGUGGACGAGGUCAGAGAGGUAAGGGGGGGCAAGGUUAUGGAUGGACUUGUAGGUGAACAGAAGGAUUUUGUAGGUGAUUCUUUGAGUCAGUGGGAGCCAGUUCUUCAGAAGAUGACACCGUGAGCAAAAGGGUUAACAAGCUCGUUGUGAUUCACUGAUAGCUCGUAAUCUUUUCCUCACUGACUGGCGAGAGGCACUCUAUGUAAACGAUGAGUUGUAGUUCUGAAGUCAAGAUGUCAGGAUGAAUUAACUGCACCGCCGGGGUCAUUGUUUAUGAAAAAAGUAGCAGCUUAUACACCGGUAUAUACAGUAAUCAUGCAUUAUGUGAUUAUUGUACUAGGAAAUCUUGAUUUGUUCAAUUUAAAAAAGCGCUUUCCUCAUUGCAAUGUAUUUUUUUUAAAACUAUUCACAUAUACUCAGCUCAAACUAUUUUUAAAUGCAACUGGCGUGUGUUCACUUUCUACCUGCACUGUAUUGAAUAGUUUUUUGUCCAGAGGGUGUGUCCAAUGCCUUAUAUGCUGCUUUUCUCCCCCUUUUUUUUCCCUAUGAAACACAUAUUUUAUGUGCAGGCAAAGAAUAUACAGCGUAUCUAUUUAAUCUACUGUAUAUCUAUAUAUGAAUUGUUUCUGUCCGUCCACCAAAUGGCACUGUAUUAUGACCACUGCAAUUCUAUUUUUAUUUCUUUAUAAAUUCAGCCCCCACGUUUAAUCUCUGUAGAAAUCCUCCUGCCUUGGAUGUUUGAAAUGACAGCCAUGUUUGAUUCUGUUCUAUUUAUUUUUCAGCUCUCAGCAGUGUUAUUUAUGAUUGUAUUCCCUGAGUGGCUAUGUAGUUUUGUUCCCCUUUCAAAUUGUUGUACAAAAGACCUACAAAUGGCCGAUGAUUAGUUGUUUUAUCUUAUGCAUGCCGUGGCGGGAUAUCAGAAGAUGUGAUACUGGAAGAAAAAAAAAGACUUUGAAUGUAUGGUGACUUUUUACAAAGGUAUUCUAAAUAAAACAUAUCUCUAUAUAUUAAUAAA